AUGAGAAAGCUAUUACUUGUCGACGGCCAAUUAGUGUGUCGUAACCUCAAUUGCCGUAUCUGUGCCAGAGCCAAGGGGCCCGAAUGGAUUGCCAUCCAUACCGACUACUAUCAUCUCUAUAGAAGCUGCGCUGAACUGUCGGAAUCCAAAGGUCACGAUCUACUAUUCAUGAUAGCUUCGUGGAGGAACCCCUGGACAGGAGCAGAACCCAUGUAUCUCGACCCUGGCAUCAAUCAGGCGGAGCUGAUUAAAGUAUCGGAAAAGUUUCAACUCCCCCACCUGCAGAAGCUUCCAAUGGAGCUUCUAGACAUGAUUCGCAAGGAACAACCGCAUGUGGCCUUCUGGCGAUUUCAACUCGUCAUAUCUCUCUCGCCAUCCAUCAAGUUGCCUCAAUCCCCGCUUCAGAAAAAACCAUUGGGCGAAAUUUUCACAUGGAAACGAGGAGAGUCCCCGAAGCCUGGUCCAUCUACCCCAUUACCACCUCUAGUUAGGCUUACGAUCAAUGUUCAUGGAAUUCAAAGCAUUCAACGUCUACACAAGCAGCCAGAAUAUGACGGCCACACUCGCAAGAGUUUGGGGUUUAUUGUGGAACACACGACAAACUUGUCCGAUAUAACUGUGGAAUUUAAGGGUGAUUGCUUUGCACGUCUGUGCCAGCCACACAGAAAAACGGCACUACCUAUCUGGAAUACAAGCAGUCCUCCCCUACUUUGUUUUUGCUAUCUCAUCAAAUCCGCGGUUCUAAAUUCAGGCGCCUUCUCGCGGUUGUGUAUCAAUGACCUGCAACGUUGCCGCGGGAUUACUUUCUUUAUUUCCAACGGCAAACUGUUCGGUGUGUACAACCAUCAAACAGAAGAUUCAUGCGCGGCAGAUGCCUAUAAGCAAAUAUCGAUUUCGGAUUAUGAUCAGAAAUGUAUGGUCUGGGUUUAUGUGCCUAUUGCGCAGAAAGACAAACUCAUUUCUUUGGGAUAUUGUCCCGGAGCAGAAUCCAAACAAUUCGAUCUUUUGAUGCAAAUGGAAUAUGCAGGAAAAGUUGUCGUUGGCUUAUCAAACGACAAAUUUGUUCGCCUGGGGUCUGGAAUUCCAACUGCACUGUUAUAUGACGAGCCUCGGGAAAAUGAGCCGAUUACUAUGUUUGGGGCAUAUAUACCAUCUCCCUAUGACCUCGCGGCGUUAUCUCUGCAGGUUCCUGAGAAAAAAGAACCGCGAAACUAUUUCUCGUGGGCACCUCUUGGCGGCAUAAAAUCAGCUAACGUAUUUUAUCAUACCCACACCCAGUUGUGCGCAGGUAUUGUUUUUCAAUAUGACAACCGCGGCUCUCGUACUAUCGGUCAAUGCCGCCUUGGUGUAGAUCGCAGCAUGAUGGUCUUGGAACCACGUAUCCUAUGUUUUCAGAACUUCGAUCGUAGGGUACAGGUCAAAGUAGGAAGUGAUGAUACCCAUGAACAUGGCGAUGAGUGGGAGUGUUUAUCACUUGACGAUGAUGGCGCAAUAGCCUUCUCUUUCAACUAUGAUUUAUCCUAUAAUUAUGUCUUUUACACGGGAAUUGUCCAUGGUAGCUGA